AUGGAAGGCCCGGCAAAGAAGCUAAAGGUCUCCCACGCCAGUGUGGAGAAGAGACAGAAGGGUACAAAGAAAGAGAGCAGAGACAAGAGGGACGUCAAGGAGGCAAAGAAGGCCAAAGAAGAGGUCCCCCGACUAAGCAAAAAGUCAAAAAGGGCACUUGCAGCCAUCCCCGAACCCGCACCAGUAGUGGAGUCCGAAUCCGAAUCCGAAUCCGAGGAAGAAGGAAAACCCAAAGAAACAGCCCCCCAAGACCCCACAGAACAAUCCCCAGACUCCGCAGACUCAGACCCAGAGUCUACCAAUGAAGACGAAGCCAGCGCAGAAAAACCCGCCGAAAAGGCCGAACCCGAAGAGCCAAAGACCUUCGCCGACCUAGGCGUAAUGGAAUCGCUCUGCACCGCCUGCGAAACCCUCAACUACAAAUCCCCAACCCCCAUCCAGGCGCUCUCCAUCCCGGCCGCCCUCUCCGGCAAGGACCUCAUCGCGCUCGCCGAAACCGGGUCCGGCAAGACCGCCGCCUUCGCCCUCCCCAUCCUACAGUCCCUGUGGAACAACCCGAUCGGCCUCUUUGCCUGCAUUCUCGCGCCCACCAGAGAACUCGCAUACCAGAUCAGCGACCAAUUCGAGGCCCUCGGUGGCGGCAUUGGCGUCCGCUGCGCCGUGAUUGUUGGUGGCAUGGACAUGAUGACGCAGUCCGUAGCGCUAGGGAAGAAGCCGCAUAUCGUUGUCGCAACGCCUGGAAGACUGCUCGACCAUCUCGAGAACACAAAGGGAUUCAGUUUGCGCACGCUAAAGUACUUGGUUAUGGACGAGGCCGACAGGCUGCUGGAUAUGGACUUUGGCCCGAUCCUCGACAAGAUCCUAAAGGUCAUUCCGAAAAUGCGAAACACCUACCUCUUCUCCGCAACCAUGACCUCGAAGGUCGAGAAGCUGCAGCGCGCCUCGCUCAAUGCCCCCGUCAGGGUCGAGGUCGGGUCAAAAUACUCGACAGUGUCGACGCUGAUCCAGCGGUUCCUGUUCAUCCCGUUCAAGCACAAGGAUACGUACCUUGUCUACCUGAUGAACGAGCUCGCCGGGCAGACAAUCAUCAUCUUUGCGCGCACCGUGCUCGAGACGAACCGCAUCGCCAUCCUGCUGCGCUUCCUGGGCUUCAAGGCCGUCCCGCUGAACGGGCAGAUGAGCCAGAGUGCGCGAUUGGGGGCGCUGAACAAGUUCAAGAGCGGAUCGAGAAACAUCCUCGUGGCCACUGAUGUCGCGGCGAGAGGUCUUGAUAUCCCGAGUGUGGAUGCGGUCAUCAACCACGAUCUGGCGCAGGACUCGAAGACGUACAUCCAUCGUGUUGGGCGCACGGCGAGAGCAGGACGCAGCGGAAGGAGUAUUUCCUUGGUGACGCAGUACGAUGUCGAGCUGUUCCUGAGGAUUGAGGCUGCGCUUGGGAAGAAGAUUGACCAGUACGAGUGCGAGGAGGAGAAUGUACUGGUGUUUAGUGAGCGGGUUGGAGAGGCGCAGCGGGAGGCGGCCAAGGUGAUGAGGGAGGAGAAGGAGAAGAAGGGUAAUGGACGAGGAGAAGGGAGAUCUGGAGGCAGGGGCGGAAGGGGAGGAGCUUCUGGUGGGAAGAGGAGGAGGGAUGACAUGGACCGAGGUGAAGAGUAG